GAUUAAUCGCCCGUUUUUGUCCUGACAGGUUGGCUGCAGACAUUUCUCCCAGCUUCCAAGGAGGCGUCUUUUUCUGCUUCCCGCUUGCUGCCGUUGCUGCUCCGUGGAUAUUUGACACUAUGGCUGCUGCAACCUGGCUCUUCGCAGUGGCCUUCUUCCAAAUGGCCCUUUGCCAGGAUGUGGAAAAGAAGAGCCUCCAGUGUUAUUAUUGCGGCUACGAACAAGCAUGCGGGAAGACCUCAGUGCAGUGCCAAGAAGGAGAGAGAUGUAGCACCAUGUCGGGGAACUCAGAUUACAAAGUACACGACCCCAUCUUCGGAAAGGGCUGUGUCUCAGCUGCAAAGUGCGGCCAUCGUGACAGAAUCUCACUGGGGCACAACCCGUACCGUGUUACCUACACCUGCUGCAACACUGAUCUCUGCAACGAUUGGGUCUCUGGGUCAGACAACAGGGUCAUCACUUCAGUGGGCCACAUUUCCGUACCUACCCACCUCCCUUGGCUCUUUGCAGCCGUCCUCCUGGCCGCUCUAUCUGCCCUCUUAUCCUGAGGACUAGAAUCUGGCUGUUCCCUGAAGCAGGUGGCCACCAGCCAAGACUGAGCUCUGCCACGCACACAACUAUGGCUAAGAGAUCCUGUUGCCAUAUAGCAGGGCCAAAUUAAUAGCAGAGUUCUAAACAGAGUUAUGCCUUUCUAGAUGCUCUGAGGUCAGAUAGAAGCGGAUGGGCUUAGAAAGGUGGAACUCUGUUUAUGACUGCAUUGUGAGACAUGUUUCAGGGGGUAGCUAUACUGGUCUACAGUAAAACAGUUAGAUUUGAGUCCAGACAUCUUAGGGCUUUUUCGCACACACGGUUUGUUCUUGAAUUAAGGCAAUCCGCAUCGACAUCCUGACCUUUUUGUUGCUGUUUCGUCGCUCGAGAUCAUUCACACAUCACCAGGUUGUUGUGGAUGUUCUUGUUGCUUCAGAAUCCCCUUGGUUUUGCUUUGCCCUGGAAUGCAGUACAAACGAGAGUUCCGAUCGGCUGUUGUGCCAUCCAAGGGCAUGUUCCGUGUGACGCUUGGCCCCCGUCAUCACGAGCUAACGAGCUAACGAGUCAGUGUGAUUUCACUAUCUCAGUGUACCACUGCGUUGAGAACUCGCUAUCUCGAGAUAUCGGGGCGGCGUU